AUGGCAUCAGAGCUGGCAAUGAGCAACUCCGACCUGCCCACCAGUCCCCUGGCCAUGGAAUAUGUUAAUGACUUCGAUCUGAUGAAGUUUGAAGUGAAAAAGGAGCCGGUGGAGCCCGAUCGCAGCAUCAACCAGUGCAGCCGCCUGGUCGCCGGGGGAUCCCUAUCUUCCACCCCGAUGAGCACGCCUUGCAGCUCGGUUCCCCCCUCUCCAAGCUUCUCGGCGCCCAGUCCGGGAUCAGGGAGCGAACAGAAGGCGCACUUGGAGGAUUUCUACUGGAUGACCGGGUACCAACAGCAGUUGAACCCCGAAGCUCUGGGCUUUAGCCCGGAGGACGCCGUAGAGGCGCUGAUCAGCAGCAGUCACCAGCUCCAGACCUUCGAUGGCUAUGCCAGAGGGCAGCAGUUCGGCGGCGCAGCCGGCGCAGGAGGCGCCAUGGCCGGGGAGGAGAUGGGAUCAGCGGCCGCCGUGGUGUCCGCGGUUAUCGCCGCAGCCGCAGCUCAGAACGGGACACCCCACCACCACCACCACCAUCACCACCACCACCACACAGGGGCACACCACCCCUCCUCCGGGUCUCAGUCCGGCGGCGGCGCGGGGGGAAACCACCAGCACAUGCGCUUGGAAGAGCGGUUCUCGGACGAGCAGCUGGUGACCAUGUCGGUGCGGGAAUUGAACCGGCAGCUCCGGGGGGUCAGCAAGGAAGAGGUGAUCCGUCUGAAACAGAAGAGGAGGACACUAAAGAACAGAGGCUAUGCCCAGUCCUGUCGGUACAAGCGGGUCCAGCAGCGGCACGUCCUGGAGGGAGAGAAGACACAACUCAUGCAGCAGGUGGACCACCUCAAGCAGGAGAUCUCCCGGCUGGCCAGGGAGAGGGACGCCUACAAGGAGAAAUACGAGAAGCUGAUCAGCACCGGCUUCAGAGAAAACGGAGGAUCCAGCAGCGACAACAACCCUUCAUCCCCGGAGUUUUUCAUGACGUCAAGAAAAUUCCUCCAUCUGUGA